GAUAAUUUGGCGACCCUAAGUUUUGUGUAAACCCAUACGCAAAAAUCAACAUUGAAAUAAUAAUAGCUCUAAACAAGGAGGCUGUUGUCAACCCUGUCGCCUUCCUUUACUCUAACUAAAUAAACUUCUCCGUCUUCCUCAACCCUGCAACACCAGCUGAACAAUAAACCACUGAAUUUUCCCAUUUUUGUCCACCAUUUUCCGUCUCACCAAACGGAGAUGUCUCUUUCCGUUGUUCAGGGGUUUACCAAAUCAUUGGCCAUGACUGUGCUUUCUGAGAUCGGUGACAAGACCUUCAUUGCUGCCGCGAUCUUAGCCAUGCGCCAUCCAAGAAGACUCGUUCUUUCUGGAUGUCUCUCUGCUCUCAUAGUGAUGACCAUUCUCUCCGCUGUUGUUGGAUGGGCUGCUCCUAAUUUGAUGUCUCGUAAGUUGACUCAUCAUGUUGCAACAUUGUUGUUCUUUGGAUUUGGAUUAUGGUCACUGUGGGACGGUUUUCAUCAGGAAGGGGAGGCUGGAGAGUUGGCUGAAGUUGAAAAGCAGUUGGAUGCUGAUUUCAAGGGCACUACAACAGCUAAAGAGCACAAGGAUGAUGAUGACAAGAAGAAGAAGAUGAGGCCGUUUCUUACACAAUUUUUCUCACCAAUCCUUUUGAAGGCAUUCUCCAUUACAUUUUUUGGUGAAUGGGGUGAUAAAAGCCAGCUUGCUACCAUUGGUCUAGCUGCAAAUGAGAACCCAUUUGGUGUUGUUCUCGGUGGAAUUCUAGGACAAACAUUGUGCACCACAGCUGCUGUCAUGGGUGGAAAGAGCUUGGCAUCUCAAAUAUCCGAGAAAGUGGUUGCCCUUUUUGGUGGUGUUCUUUUCAUUAUUUUCGGGAUCCAAUCCUUCCUUUCACAAGUCGACUAAUCCCCUUGUAAAAAUUUCAAGAGUGAUUGAUGGUUGACCAAAGCUUCAAGACAUCCAACAAUAAUAUUUCUGCUAUGUUCAGGGAAAUUCUGAACUGACAUUAGAAGCUACUUGCUGCUUUGCAGCUAUAAUUGUGGAAUCAUUGUAACACAUUUUUGCUGGAUCUUCUUGCUUCGUACAGAACCAUUUAAUAGGUUUACACAAUUUUUAUGUGAUAGAGUAAGCAUUAAUGUCAAUCUUGUAUUAUGUUUUUUUUUGUUUCUAAUGGAUCACUUUGUGAAUCAUCAACACCCUAGCGAAAAUGUUUAGGGAGCAAAUGCUGCUUGAUUUGGCAUCGAACAUCUUCAUCUACUCAAAAUUAUAUUAUAGCUGCCUCUUUGAGUUACAAA